GCGAUCCAAUCAGCAGCUUGGAAAGCGCAUGCACAUUCCAGAGGAAACCUUCCACUUCCUGUCAUUUAGUUUGCCCUAGGGUUGAGGUCUGAGAUAGUAGGUUGGGUGUGUAUGUUUGUGUGUGUGUGUGUGUGUGUCCUCUGCGCUCCAUGCUCAGUCCUAGCCACAGAAAGUUCUAGAGUUCAGACCAGGGUUCAGUAGGCAGCAGAGCAGUGCAGAGUGAGGUCAUGGACCUGUUGCCGGUGCUGCUGUCCAAGGCCAGCCAGCUGAGAGAGAACCCAGUGCUGCAGAACCUGAGGAAGAGGAUAAGCAGGAGCUCCAUGGCUGCGGUGGAGGUGUCAUGGCCGAUCCCCAUGAGGGCUAUUGGGGCCCAGAACCUGCUGACCAUGCCCGGGGGAGUGUCCUCCUCCGGGUACCUGCACAAGAAGGGAGGCAGCCAGUUCAGCCUCAUGAAAUGGCCCCUGCGUUACGUCAUCUUGCACAAGGGGUGUCUGUACUACUUCAAGAGCAGUACCUCUGCUGCCCCACAGGGGGCCUUCUCCCUCAACGGGUACAACAGGGUGAUGCGAGCGGCCGAGGAGACCACCUCCAGCAACGUGUUCCCCUUCAAGGUGGUCCACUUCAGCAAGAAGCACCGCACCUGGCUGUUCUCUGCCGCCAGCGAGGACGAGAGGAGGAAGUGGAUGAGGACCCUGCGCAGAGAGAUCGACUAUUACAACGACAGGACGGACUCCUUCGCUUCCAGCGAUCCAGACUCUGAUGCGGACAGUUUCUAUGGGUCAAUUGAGCAGCCGCUGAAUAUAAACCCCACCCCCCACAACCCAGAGGACGAUUACAUGGUGGAAGAAGAUGAGGAUGAUGAGGACGAUGAUUAUGUCAAACCAGACGAUUCACCUACUUCUUCAGGCAAGCCAACUGCUCCACCCCCCUCCUACCCUCCCCCGCCAGUCCCAGGCCAAAACAGACAAGACUCCGCCUCUUCUCACUUCAAGUCCCUCCCCCCUCCCGUGCCCUUACCCAACAGGACCUCCACCAGCACUGUGCUCAAGAAACCCCCCCCACCCUACCCCCCGCCCAAGCACACAGAAACACCCGUCAGCAAAGGUCCCCCGCCACCUCUGCCCUUUGCCCCCCAUCUCACUAAGGCCUGUUUGGACAGGAGUCCCCCCUCGCUCUCCCCCAGCCCCACCCCCCCUCCGCUCCCCCCGGCCAGCCUCAAGAAGCCGGCCCUGGGGAGGGUCUCAAACACCUUGCCCGUGGGGGGCGACCAACGAGACAGGGUCGCCGUGAGCGUGAGCCUCAAGUCCCCCGCCACCCUCCCCAUCUGCAACGACCUGAAGAACAGGAUGGUCCUCGACGACCUCGCCCCCACCCCCGGUUACCACGGGAACAGCCACCGAAGCUCCCCGGCGCUGGUGCCCCAGUUCCGCCUCCCAGCCCACCUCCCGCCUCCGACCCCCUCUCUGCACACCCUCGCUGUCCCCAGGAUGAACCUGAUCAAGGCUCCCGCAAGCCCCAAGCCCCCCCUGCACCCAAACAAGACCAGGGGAUCCUCCAUGCAAGCAUGUCCUGAAGGGCAGAGCUUCAGAGCCUCCAUCGAGGAGAAGCCUUCACGCAGCCCAAGCCCCAGGAACCAGCCCGACUCUGAUGAAGACUAUGAGAAUGUCCAGCUGCCGGACUCUGUAUUUGUGGACACCACAGAGACUGGCAGUGUUGAAAGGAUGUUUAAAGAAAAUUGUGGAUUUCCAUCGGAUGGUCUCUACUGUAUCAGAAACUCUGGAACAAAAACUUCAAAGGUUCUAGUGGUGUGGGACGUCAGUCUGAACAAGGCCAGAAACUACCGUGUGUUUGAAGAGAUGUCACGCGUGUUCCUGGAGACAGACAUGACCUUCCCGUCUCUGGCAGCUCUAGUGGAGCACUACUACAUUCACCCACUGCCCAACCACGGCUCCCUGUGCCUGCAGCAGCCCUACGGAUACACUGUCCCCAGGUGACCCGGACCCCCGAUCCUCCAUCCUUCCCAACCACGGCUCCCUGUGCCUGCAGCAGCCCUACGGAUACACUGUCCCCAGGUGACCCGGACCCCCGAUCCUCCAUCCUUCCCAACCACGGCUCCCUGUGCCUGCAGCAGCCCUACGGAUACACUGUCCCCAGGUGACCCGGACCCCCGAUCCUCCAUCCUUCCCAACCAGGGCUCUCUGUGUCUGCAGCAGCCUUGCCGAUACACUGUUCCCAGGACACACUGACCCUUGACCCUACACCGGGUGUUGCCCUGCGCUGUCGACCCUGAAUCUGGAGGACCAACCUGGCAUGAGGGGGUGUGGACUGUGAGAAGUAAAUGAUUACUUCCACACAAGGCCUAAAAGUGCCUUGCUCAAACACAGCAAAGGUGCCAAACAUUUCACAUCAUUUCAGUCCAAACACAUUUGUCUUGGAGACUAAACACACACACCAAAAGGACCAGUCAAACCCUGCAGUGUGGAUGGUGCCUCACCAGGGGGACCUUUGGUCUUACGGGAUAGUCUUCAAACCACCUCAGCUAGCUGUGCUGACUGCAGCCAGCCCUGGACUUGCUGGCAGUGCAGCAGGGAACCACCAGGGAGCAGCCUGGAGCUACAGUAAACACAACUCCAAACCCAACUCCAGUGACUGACUGAUACACCUCACCUUGGUUUGUUAUGGAAACAAACACUAUAGAAGUCGAUGCUGUUAAACACAAACUAGGGCUGUAGAACACAACAGAGCUAAAUGGACUCUACUGGACUUCCACAGAAACACUGUUUCUAAUGAUAUAUUCACACGUUUACUGUUGCACUAUAUACUACUGUAUAUAUUUGACGAACUGUUCCUGUACAUGCUGUAAAAUGACUUCUGUAAAGUUGUAAAUAUA